GAGUGCGUACGGUAGUGAGCUAUAGUGGAGAAUUAUUAGUGUAUGCCAAGAUGUCUGUCUCUUCAAAUAUCACCAAAAUCCAGAAUCGCUUAAAGGAGGCCUUGGCGUGCCUACGCACGCGGCCCGAGACCCUUGUUAUUACCGUGGCUGCGGGCCUUGGCCAAACAACCCCAUCGUCAGCAAUUUCGCAACCUGGAGGAGUCCACUUCUUUCUUUUCACUCACCCGGUCCGCGGCGGGCUACUUUCCGGAUUCAUUGAAGAUAAUUAAAUCGGCUAGGAAAAAGUCUACAAUCACCGACUUAGGCAGUGGAGAUUGAGACCCAAACAACCAAGGGAGACGGCGACGCGUUAGCAGCAGGCUAUAUACGGCGCAUCACACCUCGAACGCUCGCUUGAUCGAUCGUCAGGGCAUACUUAUUUGUUGUAUCCAACACAGGAGCCAGCAAAACAGCACAUGGCUAGACGCUGUACAGUCCCACGACACUGGAGGGCAUCCCCACCCACUACCAGGACAGCUCGACCACCAGCUCGUUAUAUCUUGGUGGAACAAGCACAAUGCGCCGCCGGUCCUUCUUGCGGCGGCAAAGAGAAAGAUGAAAACGACCACGAGGGGCCUAGUGGCUGGAAGAGCACUUUCUGGAAGCUUGUAGAAGGCAGUGCGACCGCGUUCGGCUCAGUGGCCGUGCUUGGGUUGGCGGGAUACUCCUACCACGCCUACUACAAAGACCUCGUUCUGCGGAAGAUGGAUAAUGCCUUCGGCGUCGGCUUCUCGACGCCGGAGCUGACCGCCAUGGGUCGGCACGUCGCUCCCCACAAACUCCAGUCUGCCGAUGACCUGACGGAGUUCGAGGGCGAGAAUGAAUGGAUCCCGAGAAAAGAACAGAACCUCAUCGACGGCAUCAUUGACGGAAGCGUUCGCGGUCAUUACCACCUCAUCACCGGCGAGAAAGGCACCGGAAAGACCUCCAUGAUCCUCAAAGCGAUGCGCAGGAUCAAUGGCGUCGGCAUCGCCAUGCUAGAGGCUCACAGCGACCUCGAGGUCUUCCGUCUGCGUCUCGGAAAGGCGCUGGAUUUCGAGUUCCACGAGGACUACGUAGGAAGUUUGUUCAACUUCAAAGGACCUCGCGACACAACGGCCAUCCUCGACAUCGAAAGGGCCUUCAACAAGAUGGAAAAGGUGGCGCUCUUGAGACAGAGACACAUCCGAAAACCGCUGAUCCUGAUCAUCAACCGCAUCCACGUCCUACGCGACGACGAGGAGGGCCGGAACCUGCUCGACCUCAUCCAGCAGCGCGCCGAGAUGUGGGCGGCGAGCCGUCUCGUCACCGUCGUUUUCACCAGCGAUGACCACAGCACCACCGAGCACCUCAAGUGGCAGGCCACGCGCAUGUCUGUCACCGACGUCCACGACGUGACGCGGCGACCCGCCGUUGAGGCGUUGAGGGAGUUCCGCAAGAAGGUCUUCCACGAGGACGUGACACAAGACGUCCUGGACCGCGUCUACAGGGAGGUCGGCGGACGCGUCCGAUUCCUGGACCACGUGGCCCGGUCCAAAGACAUGCUGGCGACGUGCGACUUCAUCCGCAAGAGGGAGAAGCGCUGGCUGCUGGGCCAGUGCUGGAUUCUGGGUGGGGACAUGGACCCGGAAGCAGAGGACCAGCAGGACUACGCCACCACCGCAUUUCUGCUGGCGAAGGCCCUAAUGGAGAAGGAGAAGGCCAUGUCGCGCGAGGAUAUCCUAGACGGCAAGCUUCCGGAGAUGCCCCUACACGAGGCGAGACAGCUCAUGACGAGGGCGGACUUCAUCCUGAAGCACGACCACUUCAACAUCUUCUCCAUCGACUCCAAUUCGAUGGUCAGAGCGGACUCGGUGCCGAUGCACAACGCCUUCCGGGAGAUUUGCGCCCAGGAGGGCUUUGAUGAGCUGCUGGAGGCUACUUUGGAGAGGCUUGACGAGCUGGAGGGGCUACAGAGGACGCGGGAGGUUGUGUUGAAAGACCUCGCGAACGGGGGAGAGCUCCAGGCAGUGCUUCGUCAGACUAAGGGAAGUGGGGAGCCAGUGGCUGUAACUUUGAAGGCCGUACCGUCUCGGAAAGAAUAGAGGGGAUGUAGCUUACGGCAUGCGCUCCUGGCUUUCGCGGAGCGGGCUUUAUUAAGGGCAGAAAUCAGUGUAGAAAAGAUGUGUGGAACCAGCCAUGCUCCGGGAUUGGCAUGUCGGUACUCCGUACAGAGAACUACAUAUUAAGUCCAGAAUAGACCAGACUGAGAAACGUGCCGUA